AAUCAGUGGUUCAGUCUACUAAACACGUGUGAACGUCGUAGUCGAGUAAUCGUAUGGUACAUGGUUUUUAAAUUUUUGGCGUCUUAACUAAUAUCGACUAAACUUAACUCGAAUUUCAAACUGUAUUCACUUAUAUAAUUUUUAUUAAAAAUAAAUUUAUAAAAAAGAUUUUAGACACGAAUUUAAUCAAGAACUGAAUUACAACAUGACGUGGCCUCCCAGUUAGCCGGGACCUAGAAGAGAAGUCCAUUGUCCAUGCUGCAUUGAGUGGAAGUGGGGGAAAGAAUCUGCGAAUGGUUGGCAAAAAUAUAGAGAAUAUUUUCAAUGACAAUCACCAAAGAUGACAUUGAUUCUCAACAACGUAAGCGCAGUUCAAUCGAUAUGAAGAGCAACUUACAAUCGGAAUAUACAAUAGGGAGUAACGAUUUCAUUCUUGUUGAUGAAGUUGAUGAAAGAAUAAAAACUAAUGUGAAAGAAAAACUACAACUAAUUUCACCAUGUAUUAUUAGCAGUUCUAAAACAGUAUUUACUUAUAAAAAUAUCACAAAACGUUUACCAAUCCUACAAUGGCUACCUAAAUAUUCAGCUGAAGAUGCUCUUGGAGACUUAUUAGCUGGUAUUACUGUGGGACUAACUGUUAUUCCACAAUCGAUGGCUUACUCUUCUCUUGCUGGAUUACCUCCGGAAUUUGGCCUUUAUGGCUCUUUUGUUGGAUGUCUGAUGUACGUAUUCCUGGGAACGUGUAAAGACGUUCCUAUGGGACCAACUGCUAUUGUUUCAUUAAUGACUUAUAAUACACUUCAUGGUCUUGGUCCAAUAUACGGAACUCUUCUUUGUUUUUUAUCAGGUGUUAUUCAACUACUUAUGGGAAUCGUAGGACUAGGUUUCUUAAUUGACUUUAUCUCGGGACCAGUGAGCUCAGGAUUCACAUCAGCAGUAGCUAUACUUAUUAUCGCAUCACAAAUAAAAGAUUUAAUAGGUGUUAAAGGCGGUGGAUCUACGUUGGUUGAUAUGGUAAUUUCUAUGUCUAAAGAUAUAGAAAAUUACAGUCUUGGGGAUACAAUGAUUGGAGUAACUUGUAUUAUUAUAAUACUUCUGUUACGAGGACUAGCAUUAUUUCGAAUUGGAUCAGAAAACGUAAAAGAACAAACGCCUUUACAGAAAAUGCUUAAUCGUUCUAUGUGGCUAAUUGGUACCUUUAGAAAUUCAAUUGUAGUAAUAGUAUGCAGUUACAUUAGCUAUCUUUAUAUCCAUAAUUUGGGUCAUGAUGUUGAAUCUCAACUACUACCUUCAGUUCCAUUCAAAGUAAUAGGUAAAAUACCCUCUGGAAUGCCCAGUAUUGAUUUUCCACAAUUUAGUAUUCAAAAUGGUGCCACUACAAUAGGUUUCUUUGAAAUGGUGUCGAAAAUGGGAUCUGGAGUCAUUGUUUUGCCAUUAAUUGCACUACUGGAAAAUAUUUCUGUGUGCAAAACAUUUGCUAAUGGUAAAACCAUUGAUGCUACUCAAGAACUGGUUGCUAUAGGAUUGUGCAAUAUCGGAAACUCAUUUGUUCAUGGGUUACCUGGAUCAGGAUCCUUUUCUAGAAGUGCUGUUAAUAACGCUAGUGGAGUUAGAACACCUAUGGGAAGCCUUUAUACUGGUGUAUUGGUAAUUGUAGCGUUAAUGUUUUUUACACCAUAUUUUUACUACAUACCCAAGUCUGUUUUAGCUGCAAUCAUUAUAGCUGCAGUUGUUUUUAUGGUUGAAGUUCGUGUAGUCAGACCCAUUUAUAGAUCAAAAAAAAGUGACCUCAUACCUGGACUAGCAACCUUUUUUGCAUGUUUAGUGUUGCCUUUGGAAAUAGGAGUUUUAAUAGGAAUUGGGUUAAAUUUGGUAUCAAUUUUGUAUCAUGCAGCAAGACCAAAAAUUUUAAUUGAAGUGCAUAAGACUAGAGAUGGUAUAAGUUACUUGAUGGUAACACCAGACAGAUGCUUAGUGUUUCCUUCAGUAGAUUAUGUUCGAAAUUUAGUUGUGAAACAUAGUUUAAAACGUGAUUUACCAGUAGUAAUUGAUUGUUCACAUAUUUAUGGUGCAGAUUUUACUGCUGCAAAGGUCAUUGAAAUACUAACCAAAGAUUUUUCCAAAAGAGGUCAACAAUUAUUUUUUUAUAACUUGAAACCUAGUGUUGUAGCAGUUUUUGAAGGCGUUCAACCGAAAGAUUUCAUUACAUACUACCAAAGACACGAAUUGGAUUUUCUUUUAAAAAAAAGAACAAAUACAUCAUCACCGAGUGAAGUUUUCCCAGUAUAAAUUUGCUUUGCUUAACCUAUCUUAAUAUUAGAUUUAACAUUCAAUUAUUUUUUAGAUAAAACCAUGAUAAAAUUAUCAAAUCAUUGAAUUUUUAAAAAUAUAUUUAACUUUUUGACUGAGAAUUCAUAUUUUUAUUAACAUAUCACAAAACGAUUAGAAUUUUUUAGUUUUAUUUUGUUGUAUAUUUUAUAGUUAUUUAUUUUAAUAUCAUCUUAUUUUUAUAAAAAAAAAUAUUCAAAAAAAAAAAAAUGUCCAUCAUUAAUUUAUUCAAAAAAUGUAAUAUGUAGUAUUUUUUAAAUAUUUUUUUUUAGAAAAAUUAGUAACUUACAUCGUGAAGUAAUUUUUUUAAUUUAAAUAAUUAUUACGAAAUUACUUUAAAAAUGGUAGCAA